AUGCCGAACCAGCCUUCGCAAACGCCCGCGGACCCGCUGGAGCAGCGUAUCCUUGACCUACUAUACCCCUACCGCGAUGAGCCUUUGACCAGCAGAAAUGGCCCAUCCGCCGACGAAGAGCGCAAAGUGCUGAUUCUAUGCGAGAACAUCGCCUUCCUCAUCCGACAUAACCAUUCAAGGCACGCCAAGAAGAUCGGACCUGACGACACUUCCAUCGCAUCGCGCAACUGGGACGGCAUGAUGAAUGGCAUAGGCAUAGCGGGGGUAGGCAUCUUCGUCAAUGGCAAUGGGUUCACACAUACUGUUUUGCGCACGAGCGUUCAGAGGGGGGAGAGCCUAGUGGACAAGUUCACGCAGCUCGUGGAUCUGAGUCUCGUGGAGUUCUUCCCGGGUAUCUGA